UUGCCUUUCUGUGUGUCUCCAACUCUGUUUCUCUCCCUUCGCUUUCCACUGUAUCAAACAUGAACACAAAGAAGAUGGAAUUUAAACACCAAAUCAAAAGCAGUAAUCUGAAACAACCCCUAAUUCAAUUCAUCCCGUAAUUUCCAAGUAAUCAAGAGAAAACCCUUUCUUUAAUCAACUCCUUAAACCCCACCCUACGCACCAAAUUCAACCUACCACAAAAGUUUGGACAAGUAAUUUCAUCCUAAUUCUCCAUUUCUUCCUCUUCUCUGUCUCCGGAGCUUCGGAUUGACUAAAAAAUGAAGCUUUCGGUGUUACAACAGAGCUAUCUCAACCGUCGAAGCAACAGCUUCAGAUCAUCAGGACCGUUGGAUUCUUCUUCCGACAGCGCCAUUAAAUCACCCGCGGCUAUUUUCUGGCUCGUCCUCCAUGGUCUCUCUUGCUUAAUUAGCUUGGUCCUCGGCUUUCGUUUCUCUCGUUUGGUCUUCCUUUUGUUCUCCACUUCCUACACCAACUUAUACACGUCGCCGUUUCACUCCUCUUCCGAACUGGCCAAAACGCUAGAUUUCCAUUCCCUUCUACCCACCAACCCCGUCGGCAACGUCCCGUUACCGUCGCUUAAUAAUACGGUUACUAAUUCCCGUGUGGUUGUCGGGCGGCACGGGAUCCGGAUCCGGCCGUGGCCGCACCCGAACCCGGUCGAGGUCAUGAAGGCGCACCAGAUUAUAGAAAGAGUUCAAACGGAGCAGAGAUUGCAAUUCGGGGUGAAGGAUCCCAGGAAGAUUAUCGUGGUCACGCCGACAUAUGUACGGACUUUCCAAGCGCUGCAUUUGACCGGUGUGAUGCACUCGCUAAUGCUGGUUCCUUACGAUCUGGUAUGGAUCGUUGUGGAAGCUGGUGGCAUCAGCAACGAAACGGCGUCGCUUAUUGCCAAAUCCGGUUUGAAAACCAUCCACGUCGGGUUCAAUCAACGGAUGCCGAAUUCCUGGGACCAACGACAUAAAUUGGAAUCCAAAAUGCGGCUUCGUGCUUUAAGAAUUAUAAGAGAGAAGAAAUUGGAUGGAAUUAUAAUGUUUGCUGAUGAUAGUAACAUGCAUAGUAUGGAACUUUUUGAUGAAAUCCAAAAUGUGAAAUGGUUCGGGGCAGUUUCGGUUGGAAUACUUGCUAACUCGGCUAGUACCGAUGAGACCGUGGAUCAGAAGAAAGGGGAAGAGGAGAAUCCUCCAAUGCCGGUUCAAGGUCCGGCUUGUAACGUGUCUAAUAUGUUGGCGGGGUGGCAUACGUUCAAUACGUUGCCCUUUGCAGGGAGAAGUGCUGUUUAUAUUGACGAUAGAGCGACCGUGCUGCCUAGGAUGUUGGAGUGGUCAGGGUUUGUUUUGAAUUCUAGGUUGCUCUGGAAAGACGGAGAUAAGCCGGACUGGAUUAAGGAUAUCGAUGCAUUGGAUGGGGAUAUUGAGAAUCCGUUGGGUUUGGUUAAAGUCCCUUCGGUGGUAGAACCACUUGGAAGCUGUGGACGUCGGGUUCUGCUCUGGUGGCUUCGAGUUGAAGCUCGUGCUGAUAGCAAGUUCCCUCCUAGAUGGAUAAUCGACCCACCUUUGGAGAUCACUGUUCCGUCGAAACGCACUCCAUGGCCAGAUACUCCCCCUGAACUCCCUGCUAAUGAGAAGCCAGUGAUAGGCAUCCAAGAGCCAACACUCAUGCAUACUACAAAGACACGAACAUCCAGAUCAAAACGUCGAAGUAAAAGGAAGCACGAUGAAGCAAGAGCGGACAGACGCACGGGAUUUUGACAAAACUAAAAUCAUUAGCUGGGAAUCUAUGCCAUGCCCGAGUUGAAACCGCUGCACCGAGAAAUUUGAUCAAGGGGGAAAUGCAGAUGGUCUUAUCAGGUGUUGGGUACAUAUGGGUAAGCAUCUUUCUGUGUUCAUCCUGAGUUUUCGACUAUUCUUUUGUUUCCUUUUACCUAUCUAUAGUUUCUUGGGGUGUUUGAUUAUCUGCUUCAUUUAGGAGGUAUGUAAGCCGAGCCGUUGGUGUUUUUUUACUUCGAUUUACAAAUUUAUACAUAAAUCCUGUAAUAGGGGUAAUAGGGACAAUAGAGUUGUGUUCAGUA